GAAAUGGUUAACAGUGUCGCUGUGUCGUAUGUCAUUGUGCUGCUCGCUGCACGUAACGCCGUGUUUCUUUCUUCUGCUUUUACAAAGAAUUCCCAUAAAAUAUGGCCGGUGAAGACAAACCCAAAUGCUUUGUCAAGAGUGUGGAGAUUCAUGCUAAGUUUAACAACACCGAACACCACACCAAUGAAAUCUCAACCAAAAAGCUGAUCGUGAGGCGGGGCCAGGAGUUUCGGCUGACUGUUGAAUUCUGUCAACCAUUCAUUGCCCAGAUUCAACCACUUCUCCUCACAGCAAAAACCGGAGAAUAUCCCAAAGUGGAAAGGGGGACUUUGUCAAACUUUUCUGUCCCAGAAGACGCCAUAAAACAGCCAGCAGGAGCAAAGGCAGUAUGGAAGGCAGCAGAGUUUUCCAAAAGUGGCAACAAUAAAGUGACCCUGUUGAUCACCCCACCAGCUGACUGCCCCACAGGGAAGUACACUCUAAGUGUGAAGUACACAGACAAGGAAAAGGGCAAGGAGAUGGGCAAGGGCAAGGACAAGAAGAAGAAGAAGGACAAGAAGAAGGCCACAAAACUGAAGGAAGCAGACAAAGAGAAACAGGAGUAUGAAGAAGAGGAUGAGAAGUUCAAGGAGGAGGAGGAGAAUGAUAAGGAGAUCCUGGUAGAAGGCCUGAUGGUGCUCUUCAAUGCCUGGUGUUCAGAUGACUGGGUGUAUCUAUCUGAUGAAGAUCAGAGGAAGGAAUAUGUGCUCAAUGAAUAUGGAAGUCUGUAUAGAGGAAGUUUUGGCCAUAUACGACCUAAAUCCUGGGACUACGGACAGUUUGAGCCCCUCAUGAUGGAUAUUUGUACGAGGCUGUUGGACGUUAACCCCAAACACGAGAAGGACCCCGCUGAUGAUGUUGCGGCUCGCUGUAACCCCAUCUACGUCAGCCGUGUGAUCAGCCGCAUGAUUAACUCUGUGGGUGACAGAGGUGUCCUGGAGGGUUGUUGGGGAGGUCCCUAUUGGCCGUUCACCAGUCCAUCCCACUGGAAUGGCAGCUACUCAAUUUUGAAGAACUGGUUUGAAAAAGACUGCCAACCAGUCAAGUAUGGACAGUGCUGGGUGUUUGCCGCAGUCAUGUGUUCAGUGAUGCGGGCAAUGGGCAUCCCCUGUCGUACAGUCACAAACUUUGAGUCAGCACAUGACACUAACCAGAAUUUGGUCAUUGAUGUCUAUCACUAUGAAGAUGGAGAGUGCCAAGCCAACGACAGUGUCUGGAACUUCCACGUGUGGGUGGAGGGAUACAUGAGACGACCAGAUUUGUCUGAAGAUGGUAAAUAUGAUGGCUGGCAGGUUCUGGAUCCAACACCUCAGGAGGAAAGUGAUGGGAUGUACUGCUGUGGACCAGCUCCCGUCUGCGCCAUCCUUUCUGGAGACCUUCAUCAUAAGUACGACCUACCGUUUGUCUUUGCUGAGGUCAAUGCCGACUGUAUUGACUAUCUGGUUGCAGAAGGAAAUUCACUCACGGUAAUUGAGUCAGACCAAAAGAGGGUGGGCAAGAACAUUUCCACAAAGGCUGUUGGCCGGGAUGAUCGUGACGACAUCACUCAUACCUACAAAGCCCAAGAGGGAUCAAAGAUGGAGAGGGCCACUUUUCACUAUGCUGUCACUAAACUUACACCACCAAAAGCAGAGGGGGAGAAGGAGGAAGAAAAGGUGGAGGAAGAGGAGGGCAAGAUGGAAAUUGAGGGAGAAGAGCCUCCUGAGGCAGAACCCACAAAGGAGGAACUGUCCAUAAGAUUUGAUGAUGUUGGUGACCCAGUGAAUGGACAAGAUGUCAGUUUGAUGUUGGUUUUGUCUUGUAACAACAAGGAUCCCAUGCCAUUGUGCCUCAACAUCACCGUCAAGGCAAAAACCUACUGUGGUUCAUCACAUGGAACCAUCCAGUCCGAAGUGAAGCAGGAAACACUGCAGCCAGGAAAAGAUUUGUCCAUUCCACUCAAGAUCCCGUUUUCUGACUAUCGUAAGCCCAUGAAAGACUGCGACUCCAUGAAAGUUUCAGUUGUGGUCAAGCAUGAAGAGACAAACUAUCUGGCUGAAGAAGACAUUGAACUAGAUGACCCACCAAUGUCUGUGACUGUUGAAGGUGAGCUCACAGUCAAACAACCUGCAGCAGCUAAAGUGGUUUUUAUGAACCCGAUUGAGGAACCACUGACCAACUGCUCUCUGACCAUGUCUGGAAGUGGCCUGAUACCUGGAGAUUGGGAUUGGAAGAUUCCAGAUAUUCCAGCCGGUUCUCAGUUACGUUGCACAAUCAGGUUUCAUCCGGAAAAGGACGGCGACAGCAAGAUCCUGACGGCUAAAUUCACCUGUGACCCUUUCGGAGACAUCAAGACCACCUGCAGCUGCGAAGUCAAACCUGCUGCUACCAGUUAGAUGUUGCUGUGAUUUACAGGCGAGCUCAGGAAUACGGCAGCAUUGUCCCAGUUUUUAUUUUAGCUCUCAAAUACAUUGUUUUCAAAUUGGAAAUGAUACUUGAUGGUGUUCUGUUCUAUUCUUCAGUGUCUCUCCUCGUGAUUUGUUGGCAGACAUUACAAAACAAAUUUGGACUGGAUGAAAAAAUUACCUUUGACACCAGUGGCCUUGGGUUUUUACAUGAAUAAUUCAGUUUUGGCUUGCCUGGGAAAUUCACAUAUCAAACCGCACAUACAACACUGGCCAAACACUUGGUCACACUUUCCCAAAGGUUUUGCUGGUAUUGCAUGUGCCAUACUUGGUGCAAAUUUGAAGGUGCGGGGGCGGGUAGUGCCAAUUUGACACAAUGACCUUGACACUUUCAUGAACAGCUGACCUUUGGCUGACCUUGCCUGGUCAAUUCAGAUAUCCAAAUUUAUAUACACUCAACAAAAAUAUAAAUGCAACACUUUUGGUUUUGCUCCCAUUUUGUAUGAGAUGAACUCAAAGAUCUAAAACUUUUUCCACAUACACAAUAUCACCAUU